ACACUAAAAUGGGCUACAUUUUCGAUCCGCUCGUGCUGCAGGCCGUUGCAAAGGAAGGCAUUGCCAAGAAGCUCAAGACGAAGGAUCUCUUUGCAUACAUUGCCGAGAAGCUCGCCGAGAAGUACCCGGGUCACAUUGACGUCAACGCCGCUGCCGUGUUCAACAACGCAGGUGGCGCCAUGGGCACCAUGUAUGUGCUCCAUGCCAGCAUCACCGAAUACGUCAUCAUCUUUGGCUCGCCCAUCGGUACCGAGGGUCACACUGGCCGAUUCAUGGCCGAUGAUUACUUUACCAUCCUCGAAGGCGAGCAAUGGGCGUUUGGCGAGUCUGACACUGAGCGCAGCGUCUUCCGCCCCGGCGACAUGCACCAUCUGCCCCGCGGCACGGCAAAGGCCUACCGCAUCCCCGACCACUGCUUUGCCCUCGAGUAUGCUCGCGGCUUCAUCCCGGCCAUGCUCCCGUUCGGAUUUGCCGACACCUUCUUCUCCACCCUUGACUUUAACACUCUCGGUCGCACCGUGGCCAUCUAUGCCAAGCGCACUAUUGCCGAGUUGCUGCAAGGAAAGAUUUAAGCAAGAUGUCUUCUGAUUGGCAUGGGCUGUGUGCAGCGCCGCUCACGAAUGGUCAAGCUUUGUUUUUGCGGAUGCACAUUCAGUGUCUACAGCGACGACCCGCCCUUUGUUUCGAUAAUAAUAAAUACCAAAAUAGUUUCGUGAUA